AUGAUGUACGUCUUGGUGGCAGUUGUGGUGGUCGUGAUAAUUUUUUAUGGCAGCGCAUUUAUAUUUAUCACCGUCCGGCAUCACGGUGUGGCCGUGGAAAAUGUCAGUCAACGAACGCGAGAGAUGCAUUUUCAGUUUGCCAGGACGUUCUUGAUACAGAUCCUGAGCGGCCUCACUUUCGCUGGUCUACCGAUCACGUUUUUUUCGCUGAACGUGUUUAAGCUCCUCCUGGUCGAGCCGUUUAUUGGCAUAGCAACGUUGGCUCCAUUAUUGGUUACCCUCCACUCCAUCAUCAACUGUUUGUCUGCCAUACUUUUAUGCAAGACGUAUCGGAAGGCGAUCGUGCAAGCUAUGAUGCGGAUAUACCGGAAAGGCGAAGGUUCGAAUCGCCGCAACAAGACAAAAUCCGGGUCUCGCAGGGAAGCUGGCGACCGU